AUGAAUCCAUUAAGGAUCUCAUAUAUUCGUAAAAAAUUAUCAAAGCAUAAUAAUGAAGAAUUAAACAAGGGGCAAGAAAAUAAGUACGAGACAGCAUCUUCAUGUGAUGAUCAAAUUCCGUUUAAAGAUUUGCGAAUUUUGGAUAUCGGCUGUGGUGGUGGCGUUUUAUCUGAGUCGUUGGUUAGAUUGGGUGCAUCAGUUGUAGGGGCUGACGCGUCUCCAGAAAAUAUUCAAAUAGCAAGAUUACAUGCUAGGAAAGAUCCAAGAUUAUAUUCUGGACCUGGAGCUCUUGAAUAUAGAUGUAUAACCGCAGUACCAAAUGGAACGCACGAUUUUAAAUAUUAUUUAAGACCUGAUGAAUUACAACACAUUAUUGAACAGGUCCCAAAUAACAGUAAUGUUGGUGAUUUAAAUUCUGAAGUGGUUGGUAACCACAAGGAGGGUGAUAAAUCUAUUCAGGGAGGGAAAUUCGGUAAAUGGGGACAUGUUACUGAUAUUACAGGGAUUGGAGAUACAGUUAGAUGUAAAUUAUCUAUUAACCGCAAAAAGAAAUUAACAAAUGUGAGAUCUACUUUUAUAGCAACAUCUGAAGUAAAAAACUAG